UUUUUAGGAGUAAUUAAGCACAGGGCCUCUAAAUAGACAAUUUUUUUAUAACACAAAUAAUUUUGGAUAUAACAGUGGUGCAUAGUUGCACUAUAGUUGCGUUAUUAUGAAAUUCCAUUUUGGACAAGCAUUGUCACAAUUUAGCAUUUUAAGACAAUAAUAAUAAAUACUAUGCUUCCAAGUGUACCACUUGUUGUGACAUCUAGUAGGGAUAGUUCAAAAGUAUCAGAUGUUGAAGGUGAGAAAGCAAAAUGUGAGUCUGUUCCAAAGCCCCAUGCUAGCGUUAGCCAAGUUAUAACUACAAGUGCCAAAACCAAUUGUCCUAGUAAAGGUUCAACUCAGGCUGACAGAACAGAAGAACGGGAUAAGGAGGCAGACAAUCCAAAAUCGAAGAAACCUAAUACCACUGGUCGUUCACCUCCCAAAUUUGUGAAAAAGAAACCUAAACAAAUUCGUGAUCUUGAAAAAACCUUGAAUUGCCUUCUUUCUGACAAUGAACAAAUUAAAGAUGAAAAGGCAUUUGCAUUUGCUCAGUCAUACUUCCUCAAAGUAACUGAAACACUCCAUGGAAAGGAUGAUGCUACUUACAGUGAAUUCAUGAGAACAAUGAAUGAUUUUGGUGUCACAAUUUUUGAUGCCACUGAAUUAUACAAGAAAGUGACCAACAUAUUUGAAAAAUAUCCUGAUUUGUCAGAGGAAUUUUUAGCAUUUCUCCUGCCUGAACAGGCAAUGCAAUGUGGAAAAUUUAUGGAAUACAUUAUUCUCACAAAAAUGAGGAGUUUCUGUAGAAAACUUGAGCUGUAUUAUUCCAAACAACCAUCCCAUCUACGUAAAAUAUAUUCAAGCUUGUCAACUUUAGCUUCUAAUAAUAAAGCUUCUGUGGAUGAUUUGAAGAACACGAUUCUUCCUCUAAUAAGAAACAACACUUUACUUGUUAACAUGUUCUUAGAAUUAAUGCCGACAGAGGCCCCUCAUGCAAGCUCAUUGACAGAUUAUGAAAGUAUGGACUUCUGUAAUGUUGACAUUCAAAACCCAAAAUAUGAAGAUUGGUUUGAGACUGUGGAGAUACCCCCACCAGCGGAAGACGAUAUGUACGGCGGGGAAGACUGUAUUUGCCCCUGCCACAUUCCACCAGAGGGGACGGAAGAAAGACACUCUGUCCAUUGUAUGUCUUGUGGAACAAAGUUCGUUCAGGGUAGAGUGUACUUACAUUCAGGGAAUAUGCUUCGCCCUGCCAGAAUUUCUUUCAAAGAAAUGAAGACAAAAGCAAUUGAAAGACUUUGUGUUAAGAAUUUAAAGACUCGACGAAAAAUUGACAAAAACCGGGCUCCUCCUUCAGGCAGUAAAAAAAACAACCCUUCAAAAGGGGAAACUUCUUCAACCAAUGUCUCAGGUGUGUCAAAUAAGUUAUCUUCACCAAAAUCUUCAAAAAAGGCAGCAAAAGGGAAGUCUACGAAUGAAAACCCUAAGAAAACCAAUGAGACGCUCAGUGCUUCCAAAGCAUCACAUGACAAAGAGUUAAGUAAUGAAAAAAAAAAAUCUAAACCACCCCGAAAAAGAUUAAAACUAAUGGCAAAUAGUGAAGAAAAUCCUUCUACAUCAACAUCUAUACAGACACAUGUAGUUUCUGCUAAAAAAGGCGCCCCGCAGACAGGUAAAGUUGCUAGGAAAGUUGAUGCCAAACGUAGUAAAGGAGCACCUCAGUUCCCCUUGCAACAAGCAGAGCCAACUCGUCGUGCAGCUCGUUCAGCGGCUCGUAAUGCUACUCUUGCAAAUGAUGUAAAUCAAAAGCCAAAUCGAAGAAACAUUGGUAAGUCCCUUAAAGAAGAAACUGACACUGCAUUGGCUACUGUUAUCCUUAGUAAAAAAGGCAAAGAAGAGUGCCUCUUAACUUAUAAAAGUACUUUAUCAACUCCUCUUUCUAUAGAACAGGAGAAGGAAGGAACUCCUAGCAAAUUGUUAUCAGAGAGUAUGAUAAUUGAGACAAUUAAAGAAUCUUCAUUAGAGGAAAAUGUUGUAAAAGAUGAUUUUGAGAUACAAGAUGAUGUGCAAAACUAUCAAUCGCCCACUGAUCAAAAUAGUAAUUUGCCUGUACCUGACACUGAUGGAGACGGAGAGAUUUUGUGUAAAAAGGAUAUAAACCCUAUACCAUUUGAAAAGGAGAAAAAUGAUUGUAAUGAAAUGAUGAAAUCAGAAAAUGGGGAUGAAAUGAUUUCCUCUGAAAAUACAAGAGCAUUUGAUUCCUUAGCAGAAAAUGAAUGUCCUAUGCAGUGUUUUUCCACUUCUGGAGAUGAUAGCAGUUCUGAUGGAGCUGCUCUAGAGGAUAAAACAGAAGGUUUUUCUUAUAGUGAAGAACAUUUCUCCCAAAGUGAAGGAGAUGAUGUAAAAAGUGAAACAGUAGAAUUGGAUAUUAGUUUUGAGAAUGUUUCCUCUGAAGAUGAUAAGAAUAUCUUAGGUUCAGAAGAUUUUCCUAUUAACUCCUCUUCUGAUUCAGAAGAUGAAGAUAAUUACCCUAUGGAAUGUGAAGAUUCUGAAGAGAUGGAUGAUUGCACUAGAUUGUCACAAGAUGUUAAUAUGGACACCUUCAAUGAAGAAAACUGCCCCAAUGAUGCUAAUGAUGUGUCUUUUACUGAACAAUUAGAGAGUGCACCUUGGACAAGGGAUGAGGAUAAAAUUAUUUUGAGAACGUUUCAAUCUGUGAAUAAUUCAGAAAAUGUUUUCCAAAAAAUAUGUUAUGAGCUUCCAUCCAGAACAGCUGAAGAAGUUCAGUGUAGGUUUCAAACACUGAUGUCAUUCCUACAGAAAAUGACGGAUUGUUAGGCAUCUGGAAGAUGUUUAUGAAUCAUUAAUUGCUCUUUCUAGGUGCAUAAAUGUCUCAAAUACACACCUGUUGUACAAUUAUUUCUUUGUUGAUUUGUAACGGUGAAAGAUUGUGACUGUAAAUAUUGUUUAAAAAACUAGUAGUAACCCAUGUGUGAAUGUGUUACUUACGCUUUAGUAUCUGUAAUUGGAUUAAUACUAAAGAAAUAGGAAACACUAAUGACAUUUUACUGAAAUCUUGUUAGAAAUUAAAGAACUAUCUGAAGUAGUUCUUGUUAGAUUUAAACAUACCUAAAAGUAAGCUGAACCAAUUCUUAAUUCAGCCAAAAGAUCUGACAAAAAAAAAAGAAAGAAAUGUUCCCCUUCUUUAACAAUAAUUGUUUAGAGAAGGAUUGAAGACCUUAAGUAUCUUUACGUUUCCUUAUCAUUUUAUGUUUGUGUAUAUUAUGCUUAAUAAUGUAGUCUCCUUUGCAAAUUUCAAUUUCAAAAUUAACAAUCAGAUCCAAAUUAUGUUACUUCUUAACUAUUCUGUGAUUUUUACGCAAAUGAAUGAAAUUUUGUUGAUAAUUCCAUGAAAUAUUACUGCCAAUGCUUGUUGUUUAAUUUGAAGUACUUGAAAAGACUGAUUGAUUUGUUAUUGUAAAUAUUCAUUAUAUUUUGUGUUGAACUUUUGUAUUUUCUAUUGUUUCUGGACAAAUGCAUAUUUUUACUUAUAUAUUAAAUUACCUUAAUAUUUGUGUACUAUAA